AUGUAUACCCCCCAAUAUUUCCGUCAUUGGAGACGUUCAUUAGCAACUACAACCCCUGAAGAUGACAAAAAAGAAUUUGGGGGUGAAGAAGAAAGAGAAGAUUCUUUAAAAAGUGAAGAUAACAAAACUGACAGUUUUUUAAAGUCUUCAGAAAUUUAUUCAAAAAAUACAAGGGGAAAAGAUGAACAAAGCCUUAGAUUAGCCGGAUUAAGAAGAAAUUCUUUACUUUUGUUGUUUAUUUGGUUAGGGGUUGUUGCUACGUUGGCUUUAAUAUUGCUUAUUCUCAACAUUUCUCUCGUGCUAGUUUUACAAAUGUCCCCUCAAGGAAUGCGUUCUUUACGUAUUUAUUCUUAUACAAACCCAAAGACUGGUUAUUCUGAACCUGCCGUUCAUUUUUCUGCUGAACAAACUCAUUUGGGACAGGUUGUGGCAAAUAGUGGUAAAGUACUUGGACAGAGGGGAGUAAAUGUAGGUCAAAACAUUAUUUUUACAAUUCAAGUUUAUUUUUGUAAAGUUUAUUUUCAUAUGCAAUUUGCACACUUAAGUUACAUUCUCAACUUAAGUUUGUAA